AUGGCUCGCCCUAGAAUCACCGUCCUCGGCUCUCUCAACAUCGACCUCGUCUCCUACGUCCCUCAUCACCCUCUUCCCGGCGAGACACUCACCGCCAACCACUUCAACACAUCUCCUGGCGGCAAAGGCGCCAACCAGGCCGUCGCCUGCGGCAAGCUCUCCCGCUCCUCCGACCUCUCCUCCCCGGCCGCCGAUGUUUCCAUGAUUGGCGCCGUCGGCUCCGACACAUAUGGCCAGCAGCUCAUCUCCAGCUUGACCUCGUACGGCGUCGACACCUCGGCCGUCGCCGUCCGUGAAGAUGGCAAGACUGGCAUCGCCAUCAUCGUCGUCGACGAGCCGUCGGGCCAAAACCGCAUCAUCCUCUCCGCAGAGGCGAACCACACCCUCCUGCCGGAGCACUUCUCCACCCUUCCGGGCCCUCGCCCGGACCUGCUCAUCAUGCAGCUGGAGAUCCCCUUUGAUACCGUCCUGAAAGCCCUCCGCACUGCCAACGAGUCCGGCAUCCCCGUCCUCCUCAACCCGGCGCCCGCAAAGACACUCCCCGACGAGGCUUAUCACAACCUCGCCCAUCUCGUGGUCAACGAGACCGAGGCAGCCAUCCUAUCGGGCUGCAAAGAGUCCGAUCUCGACGACCUUUCCGGCCUCGAGCGAGUCGCCGCCCUCUUCAUCCAGCGAGGCGUUGGCAACGUCAUCAUCACCCUCGGCGGCCGAGGUGUCUACUACGCCACCAAGGACGGCAAAUCGGCCUUGGUGCCUGCCCUCAAGGCUGACGUCGUGGAUACCACAGCUGCGGGCGAUACUUUUGUUGGAUCCUACGCCUUGGCCGUCGUGAGCGCCGGAUCAGGCGACUUCGAUAUCGACACUGCAAUCAAAGCGGCCAACCGGGCUGCGGCCAUUACCGUCUCUCGCAAGGGAGCCCAAAUUUCUAUUCCAUGGAAAGAUGAGCUGAACUAA